AUGGCGGCUGCAGCAGCGAAGGCGUCCAGGGCGUCGGGGGCUCUGCAGGCCGGCCGUGCACGCUUGGUCACCGCUGGGUGCGCGCGGCGCGGCCUGGGCCUGGCACUGCCCGUCUGGGCGACGAGUCCGCGCGUUGGAUCCCCCAUGUGGGCCCAGGGCUGGGCGCUUUCGGCCGGGGGCAGUGCCCCGUGGAGGGGGUACAGUUCCGAGGCCAAGGCGGAGGACGAGUUGAAGGUUCGGUACCUGGAGGAGGAAAACCGAGGAAUUGUGGUGCUUGGAAUAAACAGAGCUUCUGCAAAAAAUGCAAUCAGUAAAAAUCUAAUAAAAAUGCUAUCACAAGCUGUGGAUUCUUUAAAAUCUGAUAAGAAAGUGCGGACCGUAAUAGUCAGAAGUGAAGUUCCAGGGAUAUUCUGUGCUGGUGCUGACCUUAAGGAAAGGGUCAAGAUGCAUUCCAGUGAAGUUGGUCCUUUUGUCUCCAAAGCAAGAGCAGUGAUUAAUGAAAUAGCUAACCUUCCAGUGCCCACUAUUGCAGCCAUCGAUGGACUUGCAUUAGGUGGUGGCCUUGAACUGGCUUUGGCAUGCGAUAUAAGAGUGGCAGCUGCUUCUGCAAAAAUGGGCCUUGUGGAAACAAAGCUGGCAAUUAUUCCUGGUGCAGGAGGGACGCAGAGAUUGCCGCGCGCUAUCGGGAUGGCCCUGGCAAAGGAGCUCAUCUUUUCUGCGCGUGUGCUAGACGGCCAGGAAGCCAAAGCCAUCGGCUUGAUCAGCCACGUUCUAGAACAGAACAAGGAGGGAGAUGCUGCCUACAAAAAGGCCUUGGACCUAGCCAGAGAGUUUCUACCUCAGGGACCUGUUGCUAUGAGAGUGGCAAAAUUAGCAAUUAAUCAAGGGAUGGAGGUUGAUUUAGUAACAGGAUUAGCCAUAGAAGAAGCCUGUUAUGCUCAGACCAUUCCAACGAAAGACAGACUUGAAGGCCUUCUUGCUUUUAAAGAGAAAAGACCCCCUUAUUAUAAAGGAGAAUAGAAGAAAGUGAAACCCUUACAAUGCUACGUAUUAAAUGUACUUCUGGAGGUAUCUUUCAGAUGCGUUAUAUGCCUUGGCACAUGAAAUGUAAAUUAUCUCCAUAGUGUGUCAGAUAUCUGGAAUAGUCCCCUAUUGUAUGUACCUUGUUCAAAUGUAUAUCACGUCAUGUUCCUUCAGGUUUAUAAAGCUAAUAGUGUAUGUUGUUAAAAUUGCUGACUCAAAAUUAGUUAUGUUUUUAAAAACUUCCUGCAUAAGAUGCAUUUGGUUUUUAAUUUUUUAAUGUGAAUAAUUUAUAUAUUGCACACUUUAGGAAAUAAUACUGAUUGUAUGUCUACUGUGCUGCAUUAAGAAAAAUAAAAUUAUUUCCUGUAUACCAAAAAUGUCCAGUUAUACCAAAUAAAGUUUCUAAAGGAUAAUACACAUAGAUACAUUUACAUAUAUAUAUCUUAACUGAUUCUAAGUGAAAAUUACUAAAUAUAAAUAAAAUUAGAUAAAAGAAAA